GAGUUUGGUCAUCAUGUUAGGUUGGCAACUCGUGUUAACUUCUCUACUUUUGUAAAGUCAGCUGGUAUAGACUUCUACCCUUUCGGCGGUGAUCCUCAGAUUUUGGCAGGAUUUCUCCCCUGCAAUUAUAGAUAUGGCCACGGACAAUGGUUUAAUUCCAUCUGCACCAGGAGAAUUAUCUAUAUAGAGAAAGCAACUAAAGGCCAUUAUUGAAUCUCUGUUACCGGCAUGCACUGAACCAGAUGUAGAUACGGGUGAGCCUUUUAGAGCUCGGGCAAUUAUUGCAAAUCCUCCUGCUUAUGUGGUAGAGAGAAGAAGUAACCCAAUAUCUAGCUUUGUAUUGCACUGUAAAGGUACGUUAGUUGUUUUGCUUAUAUUUUAGAACAUUAUCUUUUUUAAUUGCUUUUAAGCUCUGACAUUGCUCUAUGUUUUUUUCAUUGUAUUGGUUCAAUUGCAUUGAUCAAUUGGAUGUUGGAUAAUGCGAAAGACCAAGAAAUUUGGCAGCUUACUAUGGGAUGUAAUCUUCUAGGGAUGUAAGAAAAUUGGUAGCUUACCUUUUUUUGCUCUAAAUAGUUUGAAUGCUCUCGAUUGAAUCUUAUUAGAUGUGAAGUUAUAAAAUAUUUUGGAUUGAUUAUGAAAAAAUGUUGUGUUGAUGUCCA